CUCCUGCAAUCAUCAACCGGCGGGAGGAGGCGGCACCUGCCCGCCCCGGCCCCGCGGCCCCUCCGGCGGCAGCAGGAGAGGCGACAGUCCCUUGCCGCGGCGGGGCACGGGGGCCAUGGCCGGCUGCUGCCUCUCCGCCGAGGAAAAGGAGUCGCAGCGCAUCAGCGCGGAGAUCGAGCGGCAGCUGCGCCGGGACAAGCGGGACGCCCGCCGGGAGCUGAAGCUGCUGCUGCUGGGCACAGGAGAAAGUGGCAAGAGUACGUUCAUUAAACAAAUGAGGAUUAUUCAUGGAUCAGGUUACUCAGAAGAAGACAGGAAAGGCUUCACAAAACUGGUUUACCAAAACAUAUUUACUGCCAUGCAAGCGAUGAUCAGAGCCAUGGAUACUCUCAAGAUACAGUACACAUCCAAAGAAAAUGAGGAGAGUGCUCAGAUGAUCAAAGAAGUGGAAGUGGAUAAAGUGACAGUGCUGGAAAGAAAACAAGCUGAAGCAAUCAAGAAGCUCUGGGAAGACCCAGGAAUUCAAGAAUGCUAUGACCGACGGAGAGAGUACCAGCUCUCAGACUCUGCUAAGUACUAUCUUACUGACGUUGAUCGUAUUGCUAUGCCCUCAUUUGUGCCAACUCAGCAAGAUAUUCUUAGAGUCCGAGUGCCAACUACAGGAAUUAUCGAGUAUCCUUUUGAUUUAGAAAAUAUUAUAUUUAGGAUGGUGGAUGUAGGUGGCCAAAGGUCAGAGAGAAGGAAGUGGAUCCAUUGCUUUGAAAGUGUUACUUCCAUCAUUUUCUUAGUUGCACUAAGUGAAUAUGAUCAAGUCUUGGCAGAAUGUGACAAUGAGAAUCGAAUGGAAGAAAGCAAGGCCUUGUUUAAAACUAUAAUUACAUAUCCCUGGUUUCUGAAUUCUUCAGUGAUUUUGUUUUUAAAUAAAAAAGAUCUUCUAGAAGAGAAAAUAAUGUACUCCCAUCUAAUUAGUUACUUUCCGGAAUACACAGGACCUAAACAAGAUGUCAGAGCUGCCAGGGACUUCAUUUUGAAGCUGUAUCAGGAUCAGAAUCCAGACAAGGAGAAAGCAAUCUAUUCACACUUCACUUGUGCCACAGACACAGAAAAUAUUCGUUUCGUCUUCGCUGCUGUCAAGGACACGAUCCUGCAAUUAAACCUGAGGGAGUUCAACCUGGUUUAAAGAAAAAACAUGGUUGCAGCUACCAAGUGUGGUUUACUCACAGCACAGCCUGUGUUGAUGAAAAAAAGGUGUCUCUUUAAAUAUCAUUUACAGAAAUGGGGGGAGGAUUUGUAUUUACUGAAGAAGUAUGGAUCAAGAGAACUGUAAAGAAUGAAUUUCAAAGUUUAUUUUUUAAACUAUACAUUUAAAAUAUUGUGUUCAUAUU